AUGAACCGCCGAGCAUUGGCUCGAAAAGCUGCAGGAGCUACAAUCAUCAUGUCUCCUAUGCCUCACAGUCUAGAUCAAGAUGGUGUAACGAAUGUAAUCAAGAAAUUAGAAUUUCAGCUUGAAACGGGUGAUUUCUACAGUGCUCUACAAUUGUACAAGACAUUGUUUAUGCGGUUUCUAAAAGGGGAUGAACCAAGUGCUGAACAACAGGAAAAGGCCAUUCAAUUGGCAUUUAAUGGAGCAAUGAAACUCAUUGAGCAUAAUCAGAAUACAGGAGCAACUGAAUUGGCAAAUCUCAUGAUAUCUGUCUAUACAGAUUUUCAUCAUCCAGUGGAUCAGCAACAUAAACAACGUAUUCAUGACAUUACACGUGCUUUUGUACGUAAACCACAAUAUAGUACUGAUCUAGCACAAAUUCUAAAGAAUGCAGUCAAAUGGUCGGCCAUGGAAGGUGCUCGCAAGCGUGGGGAUCCAGAAUUGCAAUUAUUACUGGCAAGGGCCUAUCGCACGGCAGAGGAUUUGACCCAUGCGAUCAAACAUUUUUUACAUAGUGAAAACCCACAAGAAUUGGCCGAUGCACUGUUCCAGUGGUCAAUGAAGGGAUAUCCGAGUGAAUCGGACUUGUACCUUGCUCGUGUCGUGCUACAAUUGCUCAGUUUGGAGAAUCUCCGUGAUGCCAAUAAAGUUUAUGAAGCAUAUGUGGCCAAGUGUCAGAGCGCUGGACGUUCCAUUGACUUGCCGUUAUUCAACUUCACGCGUUUUCUGCUGCUGACGUUGGAGCGUGAUGCGCUACCUCUUUUUCAGAUGCUCGAGGAACGUUACGCGCCGGCCUUAGCUCGCGACAGUAGCCUCAAGAGCUAUCUGAGCAUCAUUGGCCAAAAGUUCUACGGCCUUCAGCCUCCGCGGUCUGGACUCAGCUCUCUGCUUGAAACGUUUUUGGGUGGCAUGCAGUAA